AUGGAACUUGUCAAGACUUUGCCGCUCUUUCAGACACGACCAGCUGUAAAGAAACUGAAAGCGGAAAAUUUCUUCGAUCAGACAAGCCUCCCCACCACCCCAGGUAUUUCCCACUCUAAAAGUAAUACUUCUGACUUGGCCACGUUGCCCCGGGAGGGUUUGAUUAAAAUCGAACAUCCAACCGUCGAGGAUAAACCAUCGAAUUCGCCCUCUAUUCUGCUGACCAGAGACCACCAGGAAAAGCUUCUUCAGACCAGAGGGCGGGUAGUUUCUGAGAAGGCUGGAAGGAAUCCAAAGCUAAUGAACUUUGGCAUUGUUCCCCUUAAGCAUGCUACUUUAGCUUCUAUGGACUUUUCUCAGGCAAAGAACCUCUUUCUCUUUGCCUCGAUCCUUUGGCAGAGAUAUCAGACGAAGAUUGCAAAUCUUCUCCAAGAGAUUGAUCGAUUCACGCAGCUGUGCAGGAGGACGAAUUUCACUUCCAGCAAAGAUGCAGGAUUUGCAAACGGGUAUCCCGUGCCUCCGACCCAAGCCGCUUUGGACGAGGGCAGGUUGAUUGAAUCCCCCAAAAUAUAUACCCACGGACAUCCUCUCCAAUGCAACCCUGCGGCAAAGCAGAAUGACUUACUGGACGCAAUCCGAAAGCCAUUUCAACACACCACCAUUCGGGAGUUAUAUGAUGAUUUAACUAAGAAGGGGUUGAAAUGUUGUGUCAAGGAUCUUGCCCAGAGAUGCAUCGAAGUUUUGAGGUCGAAGUUUCAGCAUGAAUUGUGCAGCAGUUCCAACCAGAUUCCAACACUAUUAGUGUUUACGCCCAGAAAGCUCACGGCCGCGAAGAGAUUCAAUCUCGAGACCGAAGUUUAUUUCCAUUUGGAGGAGGAAAAUGAAGAUAUAAACUCCGAGGCCGCAGCUGUUAUCUUAGCCAUGGAAGAAUUUACACUCCAAGAGUUGACGGAUUGUUUCCAGGCCCAGGUGGGGAAAUAUAAUUCCGGGGCGCUGGCAAAGGCUGUUUUCAAUUAUGAAGCCAAGUCGUGUGUUUGA